AGCAGGUGGAGGCCAAACUGGUCUCCGUUUGUCAUUUGCCCCACUCGGGGUAAAAUGAGCGACUCUGUGUGUGACUCCGCCCCCUCGGAGCAACGUACCACAAUACUUAGGACUAAGUAACUAGUGUCCUUGGAGUAAUCGAAGUCUUGUAGGCGUGGAAUUACUUGGCAUAUAGAGAGGUCUUCAAAGUGCUUGGGAACUAAAUCUCUCUCUGCAUGUUUUGUUUGUAGAGGGUACUGAAAACUGUUUUGUCAUGGUGCGGCCCCCCUUGUCUGCUUGGCUGGCUUUAGGACUUGCCAGAAAGUCAGCGUUCCCACAUUCCAAAUACUGCCCAGUUUCCUGCUAUAGCACCACUUCAUCCAAUAAGAAAACCCCAACUUUCAGUUAUGUGGUUGUGGGGGCAGGCUCAGCAGGAUGUGUGCUGGCCAACCGCUUAUCAGAGAACCCAUCUGAGUCUGUCCUCCUCUUGGAGGCAGGGCCCAAGGACUUGCUGCUUGGGUGUACCCGCCUGUCAUGGAAGAUUCACAUGCCUGCAGCACUGACCUACAACCUCUGUGAUGACAAAUACAACUGGUACUAUCACACUCUGCCACAGGCAGGAAUGGAUGGCCGGGUCUUGUACUGGCCUCGUGGCCGUGUCUGGGGUGGCUCAUCCUCGCUCAACGCCAUGGUCUAUAUCCGUGGGCAUGCUGAGGACUACAACCGCUGGCACAGAGAAGGUGCUGAGGGCUGGGACUAUGAACAUUGCCUCCCAUACUUCAGGAAAGCCCAGACACAUGAAUUGGGAGCGGACCAAUACCGGGGUGGUAGUGGACCCCUGCAUGUUUCCAGAGGCAAAACCAAUCACCCUCUUCACCAUGCGUUUAUUGAGGCUGCUCAACAAGCUGGCUACCCCUUCACCACAGACAUGAAUGGAUACCAGCAGGAAGGUGUUGGCUGGAUGGAUAUGACCAUUCACAAAGGCAAGAGAUGGAGCACAGCAAGUGCAUAUUUGAGGCCUGCUUUAUCCAGAAACAACCUGACAGCAGAAGUCAGAUGCCUGACCACACGGAUCCUUUUUGAUGGGACACGAGCAGUGGGGGUGGAGUACCAACAGAAUGGUCAGACAAAGAAGGUAUUUGCUGAAAAGGAGGUCAUUGUCAGUGGCGGGGCCAUUAACUCUCCGCAGCUGCUGAUGUUGUCCGGGGUGGGAGAUGCUGAUGAUUUGCGCAAACUGGAAAUCCCCAUUGUGCAACACCUCCCAGGUGUUGGAAGCAAUCUCCAGGAUCAUUUGGAGCUGUACGUCCAACAGAAGUGCACUAAGCCCAUCACUCUGUACAGAGCUCAGAAACCGUUCCAAAUGGUUAAGAUCGGCUUGGAGUGGCUUCUGCGCUUCACGGGUUAUGGUGCAACAGCUCAUCUAGAGAGCGGCGGUUUUAUACGCAGUGGUCCUGGCGUCACUCAUCCUGACAUCCAGUUUCACUUCCUGCCAUCUCAGGUUAUCGACCAUGGCCGCAUCAUGCCUAAACUCGAGGGCUACCAGGUACACGUUGGACCAAUGAGGAGUACGAGUGUUGGCUGGUUAAAACUGAAGAGCAGAAAUCCACUCGAUCACCCUUUGAUUGAACCCAACUACCUCUCAACUGACGUUGAUGUUUGGGAGUUCCGGCAGAGUGUGAAGCUGGCACGUGAAAUCUUCGCUCAGCCAGCCUUUGAGCCGUUCCGGGGUGUUGAGCUGCAGCCUGGCACUUCUGUCCGUUCCGAUGCCGAGAUUGAUGGCUUCGUGCGGCAGAAAGCAGACAGCGCCUAUCACCCGUCCUGCACCUGCAAGAUGGGCCAAGCUACGGACCCAAUGGCUGUUGUGGACCCUGAGACGCGUGUGCAUGGCCUGCAGGGACUCCGAGUGGUGGAUGCCUCAAUCAUGCCCAGUAUAGUUAGUGGCAACCUGAACGCCCCCACCAUCAUGAUUGCUGAGAAAGCCGCUGAUGCGAUCAAGGGGCUUCCUUCACUCCAAGAUCAGGGUGUCCCUGUUUACAAGCCCGCCAGCCUGGAGACGCAGAGAUGAGAGAGUCUGCUGGAAUAAAAAGGAGGAGGAUGUGGAGGAAUGUAUGUGAGUACAGGCUAGGGGACAUGCUGCUGUAGCGGAUUGAGGGAAUCUAAAAUAGAGUUAAUAUACUAGCAUACUAAAAAAACAAAAUGUCUGGGGACAAGUGCUGUCCACAAGAUUUUUAAAGUAACUUUUCCAUAACAAAUUAUGUAUUGCUUUGAUAAACUACUGCAGGCUAAGAGUCAGCCAUUUAAUUCUGUUUUUAAGAGCACAGCUACUACAGACUUAUCUUAAAAAACACUAUACAUUUUGAAAAGAUACUACGGUAUCCUGUAGUACACCAAGCUGCUUUAAUAAUGCCUCAAUCUUUUAAUAUUAAGUAGCGAUCAAUUUUGUCUCAGAGGUCAUUUUCUGACCUUUUAUGUAGUACCUCACAAACUUGACUUCUUACUUGACUGAUUUUUUAAAAAUAUAUUUUAAAAGAGGGAUUUUUAAAAAUGAAUUCAAUCAAUUAAAUGGAAUGAUGGUUCGUAAUUGUUCACUAUGCAGUCUUGGUGGUUUUCACAACUGCUUCUUUGUCCAAAUGUAAUAUGAUUCAUAUUUGAUUUGGUUUCACACUGCAGAUAAGUUAAUGAAUAAAACGAAAAAACAUUGGCUAUAGUGCAUGUAGGGCUGAAAACAUGUGCUGCAUUUCUUUCAAUAGCCAAAAAAAAUGUGCUAACCCCUGGGUUUGAUUCAAAUGGACUAAACACUACCUAUGUGAAAGCAUGCUUAAUGUCUUAAUCGCACAAUCCUGUUAGAGAGCACACAUUGUUGUACACAGAGGGGUUUUGGGGUUGAAGUUAUGAUGUCUUAAAGGAUUUUUUUCUUCUACAUGAAUAAAUAUUACUGUGCUGCUGUAACAACAAAAGCCUUAAACACAGUCUAAAAGCCUUAAAGCCUAAAAUAUUGCACUACAAUGACGUGAGUCUUUAUGCCAUUAUAGAUUUCUGCAUCUGUACCACACAAAGCACAAGAAUCUGCAUUCUGGCAGUUCAGUGGAAAUGAAAUGUGCAGGUUAAAGGCAAAUUUGUUCACACUUCUUUUUGUUUACAAGUCCAGUGGUUUGUGAUGUCUUGUGACUACCAUAGCACUGAGUAUUUUUAAACAGUUUAUUUGGUUAGAAAAUAAUCCAGGCCAAGAACAAGAGAGAAAAGCUAAUGUACAAAAAACAGAUUGUCCAUCGAUACAAAACUGGCAAAUUCUGGGCAAUGAGCUACAGGCAGAUCUCAGAAUACUUCAAAUAAAUAGUUAUUGAACAAAGGGUACAAUGUCAUGUACACAAAAUCACUAUAUGAAAAUAAACCGUUUUUUGAUUAAAA